UUAACUUAUAACGAAAUUAAUCUGCCUUUUUUUACCGUAAUGUGCUGCCACCUGACAGCGCAUGGUGUAAUCGCGACGCGAACAGCAAUAGAUGUUGUCAAUCAUGAUAAUGCACGAAAAUAUGGCCACCACCGAGGAGAUACGAACACGCGAGUACCAGCGGGGGGAGCGAGUGAGAGACCGCGACGAAGAUUUUUCGAUUUUCCCAGCGCCCGUGAGGACUAUUUACGUGAAGAAAUGAAUGAUUACACGACGACGAUGUACGCGCUGCGGCCGAUUGUAACGUUACCGACGAUACGCCCGUGCUCGAAGCCCAUGUACGAAAUGCGGAAUAUUCACGAGGAUGAACGUGACGGUCGGCGCAGUCAUCAGGAUGCCAACACCGAUGCCAAGAUGCCCGACGAUGUUAUCACAGAGCAGGUUAUCCGCCUUCUGCAGAAACCUUUACCAGAGUACGGUGCACUGGAAAUUAGACAGGAAAAAAUUCUCAAUCAAUUAGCCGAACUUAAAAAACAAGUCUCGACACUGUGCCACUUCCUGAAACAAUCUAAUAAAGCUCAAAAGCCAGUCAAAAAAAUUUGUAGGCUGCCGCCUAGGAAAGUGCUCAAUAUCAAUAUAUUAAUUAAAGCGAAUCCGAGACGUAGGCCAUAUUUGAUAGAUGCUUUGCAUAAGCUCUGGAAACAUACUGACUUCAGAGUAAAAACAUACGCACAUUCCACUGUGAAGCAGGAAGUACCUGAUUAUUUUCCUCCCCGCAUAAUAUCUACUACAAAGAAUGUUGUAAACGUCAUAUUAAUAUGGAAAGAAGUUGAGCAGUUGGAAGCUUAUGUAGACCUGCAGAGUGAACCUUUACUCGGUCAAGUGAAUCUCCUUAGAUAUUUGUACAGAAUGAUAGACCCGUAUGAGAACGAUCAAGCACGGGUGCAUCUGAUGGACUAUGUGCUUGAUACGUGUUAUGUUGCAUGUUAUCAGAAAUGGAAGACUGUCCACGACAUCUUAUAUACACUGAACAGCAGGUUUGAUGAAUGGAGUGGCAAAGAUAAACCCAAUAUUGCGGAUGUCGCUGUAUGGUGCUUGAUAAAAGAGCUCAAUAUAAUAUCUCUGCCAGAUCCUCUCCAACAAAUGGACAAAAAGUACGAUGAAAUGUUUCUAAGAAAAAAAACUAAAGUACCUCUCUUUACACAAUCUAAUUAUAUUAUGUAAAUUAUUUUUUUUAUUGAAAGUUUCGAUAUAUAAAAUUUAAAAUGUUAAAUCGAUUUGAACGAACAAAUUUUUUCUGUUUAUUUCAUUUUCACUACUUUUUAUUAAUUAUGCGUACAGAGUGUACCGAGGAAAAAAAUUUACAUAUUUUGUGCGGUUGUAGAGGAUUCAAAGAAAUUACUUUUCGAUGUAAGGACUUCAUAGUUUUUCAAAAGCAACUACUAAUGUUUCCAAAUAUUUAUAAAAUAUACCUCUAUAUUUUCAAACAAAAUAUUUGUUUUUAUUUAUUUAUAAUGCAAUCCAUUUUCCAUGUAGAAAUAUCGAACAUAAAAAUUUUGAGGUUUUCUAGUACAGGACAUUUUUGAUUUUUUAUUUGUUAGCGAAAAAGUAGUUUUCCCUGAAUAACUUUAUAAAUGUUAAUUUUGUUCUGAUAUCCUGUAUGUACAUAAAGUUACUGUGAUAAUUAAAACAGUAAAGAAAUAUUAGUAGUGUUAUUAAAAUAAUGUGUACAGAUUUGUUGUAAUAUAUCAGGGGUUUUUUCAGAUAUAUGAUUCGAAAUUAAAACAUAACAG